AUAGCCAAAUUUCUGUCGCAAAUGAAUUAAAAUCAGUGACAACUAAAAUCUAUUAUCAAUUGGUACACUUAGUUAUUCGUGUCAUUAUGCUUGUGUUAAGGAAAAUCAAUUAUCAAAAAACUUUUCGCAACAUGGAAAUAUUUCGGCGCAAUGCUUCGAACCAUCCUUUGAGUAUUGAGACGAGUUGUGACGACACUGGAAAUGCAAUAAUGAAAGGAAAUCAAAUUUUAAGUGACAAAAUCCAUACACAACUUGAAUCAAAUUCUUUUGGCGGAAUUAUACCUCCAGUAGCUGCAGAUAUUCACCGGAAAAACAUCGAAAGGGUUAUAAAAGAAUCCUUUGAAGAAGCAGCGAUUAGUAUCAACGAUUUAGACGCGAUUGCUGUGACAAACCGGCCUGGACUUGGAAUGAGUUUAAGGAUUGGUCUUAGAUAUGCAAAACAUCUGUCAAGAAAAUUCCAAAAGCCUUUAAUUCCUAUUCAUCACAUGGAAGCACAUGCUCUUACUGCUAGAAUAGAAAACGAAAUCAACUUUCCAUUUUUGUGCCUUCUUAUUUCCGGUGGUCAUAGUUUAUUGACUUUUGUUAAUAAUGUUGAUGACUUCAAGUUGCUUGGUGAUUCCAUUGAUGAUGCACCAGGAGAGGCUUUUGAUAAAAUAGCUCGAUUUUUAAAGUUAAGAAAUUUGAAAGAGUUCGAAAACAAAAGUGGGGGAAAAUCAAUUGAGGAUGCUGCAAAAAAAUGUAUCAAACCGUCUGACUGUUACGAUUUUCCUUUUAUGCUUUCAAGAUAUCGUGACUGUCAAUUUUCUUUCGCUGGCCUUAAAAAUAAAGCAAAACGACAUAUAAUAAAGCAAACAAAUACAUUAGACCUUGACAUCGAUCAAGUCAUUCCUGAUUAUGAAGACUUUUGUGCCAACUUCCAAGGAGCAGUAGCUCGACAUAUAUGCAAUCGGACACAAAGGGCUAUGGAAUACUGCGAGAAAAAACAAAUGUUUAAAAGCAACGAUAACAAAACAUUAGUUAUUUCGGGGGGUGUAGCAUUUUUAAUAAAAAAUGCUGAUAUCAAAACUGACAUUUCAAUGAAAUGGAUAGAAGGUGAAGAAUUUAGAAUAGAAGAAAUCGAAAAAGUUUUACACAAUCAUGAAGUUCCAGUGGCUAAUUGUUCUAAGAGAUAUUUUGAUUCUCACGAAAAAUUAACUAUGCCAUUCAGUGAUUAUGUUAAAUAUUGGAGAACUUCGUUACCACCUGGAGAUUUUUACCUAAAAGAUUUUCAUUUGAAACAAGAAUUUCCCGAUUAUGAUUUCUACAAUGUUCCUAAGUUUUUUGCAUCAGACUGGUUGAAUGAAUAUCUAAUAGAUAAUAAUAAGGAUGAUUAUCGUUUCAUAUACAUAGGAAAAAGAAAUACUUGGACUCCAUUUCAUUCAGAUGUCUUUGGAUCCUUUAGUUGGUCAGCAAAUUUAUUUGGUCACAAACGGUGGCUUAUUUUACCUCCCGGAGAAGAAGAAAAACUUAAAGAUACUUUUGGAACUUUACCAUUCUCGAUAACACAAGAAGAACUUACAGAAAAAAAUGUAAGACACUUUAAUGUGGUACAAGGACCUGAUGAUAUUUUAUUUAUACCAAGCAAAUGGUUUCAUCAAGUAUACAAUUUAGAUGACGUUGUUUCAAUUAACCACAACUGGUUUAAUGGAUGUAAUAUCAAUUUCAUUAUUGAUAAUUUAUUGCGUCAUUAUCAUGACGUUGAAAUUGAAAUCUCUGAUUGUAAAGAUAUGGAAAAUUUUGAUGAACAUUGUCAAGUUGUGCUUAAAGCAUCAUUUGGAAUGAAUCUUCAAGAUUUUGUUGACAUACUUAAACAUAUUGCUGAAAAGCGAAUUGAAUCAAUUGUUAAAUCUAAACAAUGUGAAAUUUUUAAUGAUUUUUACUUUGGUUUAAAUAUUACGCGCUUUGAUCUUAAAGUUAUAGAAAAAAGUCUUUCAAUGUUGAUAUCUAAUGAAAGUGUAAUAAAACAUUCGAACAUUAUAGCAAUUGUUAAUGAAAC